AUGGGGCACCCCGCGCCCGAUCCCGUGGUGCUCCGCGGGCACGGCGCGGAUGUUCAGAGCGUGUCCUUCGCGGUGGUGGACGGCGUGCCGUGCGUCCUCUCCGGAGACGGCAACGGCGACGUGGUGGCGUGGGACGUGCGCGCGAGGCGCCCGCUGUGGCGCCUACCCGCGCACACGCCAUUCUCCGGCGCGCUCCACGCGGAACUCGCGCCGGGCUCGUCCGCGCGCGUGCUCACGCAAGGGCGCGACGGCACCCUCAAGUGCUGGCGAACCUCCGGCGGCGGCGACGGCGGCGAUCCGCCGACGCCCCCGCGCGCCCCGCCGAGCUGGACCCUAUCCUCCGGAUCCUACCACUACUGCAAGUUCGCGACGAGGCAGUCGGCCGGGGACGACGGGACGGGAGCGCUCGUCGCCGUCGCCGGAGAGACGCAGUCCGCCCUGGACGUCUGCGAGAUGCCGUCGCUCAGCGAUGACGACGAUGACGACGCGGAUGCGGAUGCGGACACCCCGCGGAUGGGUGCCCCGCGGCGGAUCGCGUCUCUCAUCGCCGCCGCGGACCGCGAACACGCGUCCGCGCCAUCCCGCGUCUCACCGCAAAAUCCGUCGUCGUCGGAAUCCCGCGACAGGCUCGGCGUCGUCAUGGCCGUCGCGUUCCUCCCGACGCGCGGCGGACGCGUCGCCCUCCUCGCCGCGCACGAGGAGGGAACCGUGUGCCUCUGGCAUCUCGGCGACCGACGCGCGUGUGAUGAGCCAACAAACGAGCGGAUCGAUGAGCCGCUGUGGCGAACGCGGGCGCACGGCGACGCGGCGACGUGUUUGGCGGCGGACGAGAGAGGCGACGGGUUCGUCUCGGGGGGCGCGGACGGCGCGUGCGUUCGAUUCCGCGUCGCGUGGGGCGACGACGACGUGGCUAGCGGCGACGGCACCCAAGUGGGCACCCAAGUGGGCACCCAAGUGGGCACCCGGGUGACGGUCGAGACGGUUCGUACCCACGGUCCGUUUGCUCCGAGAAAUCCAAACGUCGACGCCGCCGGUGACGUCCGCGCGCUCAGAGGCGUCGCCGCCGUCGCCGUCCGCGACGACCAAAAGAUCUUCGCCGCCGGGUACUGGGACGGUCGCGUGCGACUGUUCGAGUACGGCGCGAGGUCUUUAGGGCGUAAAUUGGCGAGUCUCGGGUACCACGAGCACGCGGCGACGUGCGUAGCUUUCGCUCCGACUCAUUCACUGAGGGGAGUUUUAUGGGCGGGGCACGCGGGUUGGUUGGCGUCGGGGAGCAGGGACGGGACCGUGGCGAUGUGGGCGGUGUACCCGCCGAAGGAGACGCCGGCGAAGGGGGGCGAGGGAGACGGAGACGACGGGUGA